UCCAUACUUAUCCACCCUAGCUGUACGUACAUUGAUCAAUCUCUUCAAACAUCUUACCUGCGUCGCUAAUUCUUUCCUCGACGCAAUACGUAGGCUACAUUACCCGUAUUAUUAGGUACCUGUGUCCCCAGAAAAAUAAGAAGAAGAAGAAAAGAAGAUAAAGCAAAAUAUAGAAGAUUUCUCUUCCAACUUCACCAUUCCCCCCUUAUCAUCACACUAUCAUCAUCAGAAACAUGUCGUCCACUCCAGUAAACCAACAAACGUUCACUUUGAACAACGGUGUCAAGAUCCCCGCUCUGGGAUUUGGCACCUUCGCCAAUGAGGGCGAGAAAGGCCAGGCAUACAAAGCUGUUCUCUGCGCCCUAGAGGUCGGUUACCGACACCUAGACUGCGCGUGGUACUAUCACAACGAAAACGAGGUCGGCGAAGCCAUCCGCGACUUCUUGAAGAAGACGCCCUCGGUGAAGCGCGAGGACCUCUUCAUCUGCACCAAGGUGUGGAACCACCUGCACGAGCCGGACGAGGUAAAGUGGUCGCUAGAGAACUCGCUCCAGAACUUCGGCCUCGACUACAUCGACCUGUUCCUCGUGCACUGGCCCAUCGCCGCCGAGCGUGACGAGAACCACAACGUCAAGCUCGGCCCCGACGGCAAGUACAUCAUCAAGAAGGAGCUGACGGAGAAUCCGGAGCCGACAUGGCGCGCCAUGGAGGAGCUGUACGCGAGCGGGAAGGCCCGCGCCAUCGGCGUCUCCAACUGGACGAUCCCGGGGCUCCAGAAGCUGCUCUCGAUCGCCAAGGUCAAGCCGACAGUCAACCAGGUGGAGCUGCACCCGUUCCUGCCCAGCCAGGAGCUUAUCGAAUUCUGUCAGGCCAAUGACAUCCUGCCGGCGGCGUACUCGCCGCUCGGCUCGCAGGACCAGGUGCCCACGACGGGCGAGAAGGUCCGCACCAAUAAGACCCUCAUCGAGGUCGCCGAGCGCAGCGGCAACACACUCGCCCAGGUCCUCCUCGCCUGGGGCAUCCGCCGCGGCUACGUCGUCCUCCCCAAGAGCUCGACCCCGUCUCGCAUCGAGAGCAACUUCCAGGUGCCCCAACUGUCGGACGAAGAUUUCGAGGCCGUGCAGGCGGUUGCGAAGGGCCGCCACACCCGCUUCGUCGACUACAAGGAUGUCUUCGGCUACGAUCUGUGGCCGAACGGCUCGUAAGCGUGCAAGCUACUUACCUACCUACGGGCAUACCUACCUAAGCUCUGCCUAGGUGCCUAUGGUAUGAAGUAGCUUGUCGUGGUCAAUAUUUUCCUUAGAUUUCCCUUUUUUUUUUUCGUUUCCUUUUCUAACGUGGGCGGACGGCGGUGGGAAUGAGGAGCUCGCUAUCUAUCUACAUAACGUAGCAUGAUAGUAGCUACCUGCCAUCAUGCACCGGUGGGAAGGGAAGGGAUGGAGGGGGCAGCGCACAAUACCCAGGCGGAGGCAUGGUUGGUUAACCAUGUCUAAGAUAUCCCAAAACAACCAUGAAAGUGCCUUUUUGGCUAUCGAUGAUACAUACAUCUAUUACCAUGAGAUACAUACGAACGAAAAGGGGGAUUGAUAUUUUUUUACAUGUGGUUGUGAUUGUGGUUGGCGUUGGCAAAAAAGGGAAGGGGACGGUAGCAAAAACAUUAGGUAUGCGGUGAUGGCAUUAGCUAUGUACAGCUAGGCAGGCUACGGUCUGAGAGUUUGAUUGAUCGCAUUGAUCGUCGAUGGGAAGGAUGGAAGUGUGCAUGUUUUUUUUUUCUUAUUAAGGAAGAAAAAAAAAUUAGAAGAGAAAGCGUGAGCAAAAGACGGUGUUGAUAGAUUGUAUGCAUUUAUCAUAGACUUCGACCUUAUACCACUCAAUACCAUAUUCAUAUCCAUCCCA